UUUGUCUCUCUGGUGCAGUCGUGACGCAGUGUUGUGUUUUAUCAGUGCCCACCCCCAGCAGAAUUCUUUGCUUAAGAGGAGGCAGAUUUUCACCUACUGAAUAAGAAUCUGGACUCGCAUUGAUGCUUCUCAGUGUUGUCUUGUGUGCUCUCCUGUGCCGGAGUGAAUUUUAUCCCCGGACUGCCUGGUGACAGAACAUCGCAGUCCUACCGGUUUGGAAGCAAAAUAUGGAAUGUGUUUCACUGCUGACCGAAGGCAGCCAAAUGAACAGUAUUUAUAGUAGUUCGAAAAUCAGCAGUUAGCAGUUUCUUCACAUUCUAACACUACCCAGCACUUUCCAGAGAGAACUCAUUGUUUACAAGAAAUCUGCUUUCCAAAUCCGUUGCGGUGCCCUCCAGCCUUGACUAUUAACUAUUUGCAAAGGGGAAGCUGAUCUACAGUUUGGGGAAAGAUGGCACUGGAUGAGUACCUGUGGAUGGUCAUUGUGGGUUUUAUCAUUGCUUUCAUUUUAGCUUUUUCGGUUGGUGCGAAUGAUGUUGCAAAUUCUUUCGGAACGGCUGUGGGCUCUGGUGUUGUUACUUUACGCCAGGCUUGCAUUUUGGCUUCAGUUUUUGAAACCACUGGCUCAGUACUACUGGGAGCAAAAGUAGGAGAAACAAUUCGGAAAGGUAUCAUUGAUGUUAACCUGUACAACAACACUGUCCCACUGCUGAUGGCAGGAGAAGUGAGUGCAAUGGUUGGUUCUGCUGUUUGGCAGCUAAUUGCAUCGUUCUUGAAACUCCCAAUAUCAGGGACCCAUUGCAUUGUAGGUGCUACGAUUGGAUUUUCUCUGGUGGCAAUUGGCACUCAGGGUGUCCAGUGGAUGCAGCUUGUUAAGAUUGUUGCCUCUUGGUUUAUUUCCCCACUGUUAUCUGGCUUGAUGUCUGGAAUCCUCUUUGUGCUGAUCAGAUUCUUCAUUUUAAACAAGGAAGACCCUGUGCCCAAUGGUCUCCGUGCGCUCCCGGUGUUCUAUGCUGCUACCAUAGCUAUUAACGUGUUUUCCAUCAUGUACACUGGGGCACCAGUACUAGGACUGAUACUGCCAAUGUGGGCCAUUGCUCUAAUAUCAGUUGGUGUGUCCUUAGUAUUUGCUGUCUUAGUCUGGAUUUUUGUGUGUCCCUGGAUGAAGAGAAAAAUAGAAAGCCGGUUAAAGAAAGAUGCUGCACUGUCAAGGAUAUCAGAUGAAAGUCUUGAUAAAAUUCAGGAUGAAGAAACACCAGUCUUUAAAGAGCUUCCUGGUGCCAAAGCAUCUGAUGAGAGCACGAUUCCCCUUACUGGCUCAGUUACAGAAGCUGCUGGGGCAUCAGAUAAUAUUGCAAAUGGAAACCAUCCACGUGUACCAUAUGGGAGGGCAUUUUCGGUGACGCACACCUCGGUGAAAUCACCUGUUUCCAACGGCACCUUCAGCUUCGAUGGCCACGUGAGGAGCGAUGGCCACGUUUAUCACACUGUGCACAAGGACUCAGGUUUAUACAAAGACUUGCUCCACAAAAUACACCUGGACAGGGCCAACGAUGAGAGGCCCACUGCAGAAAACAACUAUAAACUCUUACGGCGCAACAACAGCUACACUUGUUACACUGCUGCUAUUUGUGGCAUGCCUGUGCAUUCCUCCUUUAAGGCAGCGGACACAUCUACUCCAGAAGACAGUGAGAAGUUGGUGGGGGACACUGUUUCCUACUCCAAGAAGCGAGUCCGCUACGACAGCUACUCCAGCUAUUGCAACGCCGUGGCUGAGGCAGAGAUUGAGGCGGAGGAAGGUGGGGUGGAAAUGAAGUUGGCCUCUGAACUCGCAGAUCCUAACCGGCCCCCCGUUGAUCCUGUGGAAGAGGAUAAGGAGGAGAAAGACACCUCUCAGGUCCAUCUACUUUUCCACUUCCUCCAGAUCUUAACAGCCUGCUUUGGAUCCUUUGCCCACGGAGGCAAUGAUGUCAGCAAUGCCAUCGGUCCCCUCGUCGCGCUCUGGCUUAUCUACGAGCAAGGUGCCGUAAUGCAGGAAGCAUCGACUCCCAUCUGGCUGCUGUUCUAUGGAGGUGUUGGGAUCUGUGUGGGUCUCUGGGUCUGGGGAAGAAGAGUUAUCCAGACUAUGGGUAAAGACCUCACUCCAAUCACACCGUCAAGUGGAUUUUGCAUUGAAGUAAUGUGUGCGCUAACGGUACUUGUAGCCUCAAAUGUGGGUAUUCCAAUAAGCUCCACCCAUUGCAAGGUUGGCUCCGUGGUGGCCGUCGGCUGGAUCCGCUCCAAGAAAGCCGUCGACUGGCGCCUCUUCCGCAACAUCUUCCUGGCGUGGUUUGUGACUGUGCCGGUGGCCGGCUUGUUCAGCGCCGGCGUGAUGGCACUGCUGAUGUACGGGAUCCUGCCUUACAUCUGAGGAGCUUCCUCUGCCGGGAAAAGGGGAAAUGGCCAAGCUACUACCGACGGGAGAAGCGUUCCCGUGAAAGAAGCAGUCAGAGAGGAUCCAUCUUCCAUACCUAACUUCUUAUCUACUGUACAUAACAAUGUGUCAUAUUGGUGACAUGGUGAUGUGGUGCCAUUUCUUAUAUAUUAAAGAAAUAUAUAUGCAUAUAGUAGGUAACAAUACCUAAGUUAUAUCAUCAGUGGGGUGAAAAUAAUUGCCUAGAACUUAAUAUUUAGUAAAAUUUGUACAUAGUGUAUCAUUUUGGUGGCUAUUUUUUAAUCUUUUGAAGAAGAGUAUGGAUUAGGAAAUGUUUCUUGUCCAUUUGAUAUAAGAAGAAGCGAGGUACAGGACUGCAUAAUACAUGAAUUUUUUAAAGCUAUUAAGAUACUGGAACAAAAUAAAAUGUGCAGAAGUGCUUUUCAUAAAAUAACUUUGUUCAUAUCA